AUGUACAAAAUACCUAAGCUUCUUAAACCACCACAUAAACAGUCUUUAGAAUUUUAAAAAAUGUAGGAAGAAUUAAGAAAAAGUAUGUACAUGGUUUGAUUUAAAGGUUAAUAGGGUUAAUAAUAAAAAGUUGGUGUUAAAAUAUAACCUGAAUUUGUUGUAGAAGAAGAUUUAGAUGAAAAAGAUUAUACCAAUUAUAUUCCUUAAAAAUAGGAAGCUAAAAAAAUAGAAUAACUAUAACAUUAUUAACCUAGAAAUUAUUUAGAAGAAUUUUUUGAUUAAAAAGGAAUAAUUAAGAGAUAAUAAGAUAGAAAAAAUAAAAUGAUGAAUGCUAUAAAUUAUGAGAUUGAAAAAAAUGAAAAAUGCAUUGACGAUUUAAUGCAAGAAUUUUAAGAUUAUUAACAAGAGAUUAAUCACAUUUAAGUGAAAGUGAAAGAUAUUGAAAGAGAAGGGAAGAAUUUAACUAUUCUUUAAAAAUUAGAAAUUUUAGAGGGUGAUUUAAAUGAAGCAUUAAAUUUAGAGAUUAAAGAAGAAUUCAAGAUAAACCCUGAUGAUUAAAAUGUAGAUGAUAAAUUACAUUUAAUGUAUGAUGAUACUAAUAAUUUAAUUGAUUAAUAUGAACAAUUAAAAUAGUAAAUUUUGGAAGAUGAAUAAAGACGUAAAGAAGAUUAAGAAGAAAAAGAAUUGUUAGAAUAAUUAGAUGAUAAAUAAAUUGAAGAUAGAGAAUUAUAAUAUGAAUUACAAAAAAGAAUAGAGCAAGUAAAAAAUGAAGGUGUAAAAUUGUAAAUGUAAUAAAAACUACAACUCUUAAAAGAAUCAACACUAUAAAGAACUGAAAUGAAAAAGGCUUCAGUUAAAAAUUACUGUAGAAAAAAUAAACCAAAAUAGGAUUCAACUCCUAAAAAAUAGUUUUCUGAAAAAAAGCAAUAUAAUAUGUACUCAUAACAAUUUGGAUAUGGAAGAGAUAAAAUUACUUUUAAGCCUUUGUGA